AUGAGAGACAUGGAAAUGAAAAACCAAACAGAGGUCGCAGAAUUCAUUCUUCUUGGAUUCGGAGAUCUCCGGGAUCUACAGAUUCCCCUCUUCCUGUUCUUCCUUUUAAUCUACAUUGUGACCAUGGCUGGAAACAUUCUUAUCAUUGUACUGGUUGUAGCUGAUCGACGUCUUCACACCCCCAUGUAUUUCUUCUUAGGGAACUUGUCAUGCCUAGAGGUUUGCUAUAGUUCAACCAUCCUGCCCAGGAUGCUGGCCAGUUUCCUUUCUGGCAAUAAAAUCAUUCCUUUUAAGGGUUGCAUCAUACAAUAUUUCUUCUUUGGUGGCUUGGCUGGCACUGAAUGCUAUCUUCUCUCUGCAAUGUCUUAUGACCGUUACUUAGCAAUAUGCAAACCCUUGCAAUAUGCAGCACUUAUGAAUAGCACGGUCUGUCGACAUCUGGCUUGUGGAUCUUGGUUCAAUGGCUUUCUUGCCAGUGCCAUAGUAACAUUGUUUAUGUCACAAUUAACUUUCUGUGGCCCCAAUAUACUCAACCAUUUCUUCUGUGACUCUUAUACAAUUCUAAAACUCUCCUGCAGUAAUGCACAACUUAUUUUUACACUAAUAUUCCUUCUGUGUUCUGCGUUCACUCUUCCUCCUUUUCUUCUAACAUUGACUUCUUAUAUCUGCAUCAUUUCUAAAAUUGUGAGAAUUUCAUCUGUUGCAGGAAGACAAAAGACCUUCUCAACAUGUUCUUCUCACCUCACUGUUGUGACCAUUUUUUAUGGGACACUCAUAAUUGUGUACAUGUUGCCAGAAACCAAUGACCUGGUAGACUUGAACAAAGUCUUUUCUAUGGGUUACACUAUUCUUACACCUUUGGUGAACCCUCUCAUCUACAGUCUGAGGAACCGAGAGGUCAAGGAGUCAAUGAGAAGGAUUCUUCAUAAGUGUUGGGUACAGCAUGGGUUGAAUAAAAACUGA